UUUUUACAUUUGGUGUUACAUUGAAAAGGAUCCCUCUCUGUAGUAUUUAACUAUGUCAACCUCUGGCGUUUUUAAAACUUUACUGUACACAGUGAACACAUUGCUAAAACAAGAAAAGUACAAGGCGGUUCUCGCCGUUGUUAAAGGGUUCCGAAAUGGUGCAGUGUAUGGAGCAAAAAUCCGAGCCCCACACGCUCUUGUCAUGACGUUCCUGUUUAAAAGUGGAAGCCUUAAAGACAAAUUGAAAGCCAUUGCUCAAGCCACCUACACCCACUCGCGGAACCUCGCCUACUUCGUGUUCACCUACAAGGGACUUCAGGUGUUACAGGAGAGAAUUCAAGGGAAAAGACUGCAGUCACAAUCCUUCCUUGCAGCUUGCCUUGGUGGCUGGCUGGUUUUUGGGGACAACAAUCACAUAAACAGUCAGAUAAACAUGUACCUCCUGUCUAGGAUUCUGUUUGCCUUAUCUCGGCUGGCUGUGGAAAAGGGCUAUAUUCCCCAGCACAAAAGAGACCCUUUUCCACUGUUUGCUGCUUUGGUAUGGGGUAUUGUACUAUGGCUCUUUGAAUACCAUCCCCACACUCUGCAGCCAUCACUUCAGUCCUCAAUGAACUACCUUUAUCAUGACAGCAAUGAAUGGCACAGUAUCUCAGACUUCCUAAUCUACAACAAAAUGCCUGCUCCAUCCAGUCAAUAACCAGAUUAACUUGCACCUGUACUACAUGCUGUGAGAACACACAUCAGAUAUUGGAAUCAUGUUGUAGAAGCGUGACCUCUUUAAUAUACAUAGUUUUAUGCUACCCACACUUUCUGUUAAGCAUAUCUAAAAGAAUAUAUUCUGAAAACACAAAUAAUCUGGAAGGGACUACGGUCAUGAAUGUCAGUUCAUUUCAUGUCAAUGUGCAUUCUCUUUGUUUAUAUCAUGAGUUUUUAAUUUUAGAAAUCAUAUUCCGGAAAAUGAAUGGGUGGGUGUACAAUAUAAUGAUAUGAUAUGAGUAUUUCCUCUAUGUGGGCAUGGGUUUCCUCUUGCAGACUGAAAAGGUGCAGCUGGGGUGAAAUGGAGACAUUAGAUUAGAAUGUGUGCACACACUAAUAUUAUUGAACUUCCUGAAAAUCAUAUUUUUAUUGUUGUUAUUGAAAAUGGUUUAAAGUUAAAAUUGAUUUCUGGGAAGUGCUGAAUAAUUUUUUGGAUUUUUGUUUUUCCUAAAUACCACUACAAACGUAUUCCUUUAUUGAUUCAGAGAAAUCCAGAAAAUAUAUUACUCCUUGUUGAAUUAAAAGAGACGCACAUUGGAUAAUUGCAUAAUCCCACCUGUGUGGAUGAAUUGGGUAUAUAUACCAUAUGAAGUGGAGGCUAAUAUGAGUAAAUGAACUGUAGUUUUGAAUUAGCCAGAAGUAUAGUGAUUAAUGAAAUAUGUUGUCUUUCAUUAAUGUAUAAAAUAGUUAUUCCAAAAAGUAAUUACUGUGACAACUGUGAAAUUGUUAUACCUCUAAUUAAACAUUUUUUCCUAAUUGUUUAAUAAAUUACUAUUCUCUAAAUAAUAUUAAAACAGCUAAAUUGA